AUGUUUGAAGCCUGUAACGUCCUCUACCUGAACUCCGUGGAAACCGAGUCUCUGACCGGCCCCCAGGCAAUCGCCAAGGCGACGGGCGCCACGCUGGGUCGUAACCCUCGUCCCGCCGCCACCGUCGUCCAGUUCAAGGUGACGUCGCAGGGAAUCACACUCACUGACAGCCAACGAAGGGUUUUCUUCAGGAGACAUUACCCUGUGAGCAGCGUGACCUUCAGCAGCAUCGACCCUAAAGACAGGAGGUGGACUAACUCAGACAGCACCGCUGUUAAAGUUUUCGGUUUCGUAGCGAAGAAGCCCGGCAGCCUGGCGGAGAACGUGUGCCACGUGUUUGCGGAGCUGGACCCCGAACAGCCGGCGUCCGCCAUCGUCAACUUCAUCAACAAGGUCAUGCUGUCGCAGCGCCGCUAGAGACUUUUGAGUAAAACCAAGAAGAGCGCAAAGGAUCCGCGAGGAGUUCUAAAAUAUGUUAUUGUUUGGUGUAAAUACAUUCAUGUAAAGUCACAGGAUCCGUACUGAUGUUCAUUUUUCUGCUUUACACUCACUUUUUCCCAGAGGUCGUAAAUGAAAGUAUGAUGCUAUGAUUUUACAACUCCUCCAGGGACGAGGAGGAAGCUUCGGAGGACAAACGUCAACGAUAAACCGUAGAUCAUCAUCUCUACUCUUAUCGAUUGUAAAGGUUCACACAUAAAUACAAUAAUGUCAUUCUCUGACUUCACAGCUACGUCAUAACUCGACCUCAUGAUUGAUAUUAAAAAUCUUUUUGCUCUCUUUAAACAUAAAGGUAUGACGUAUUGACCUCCAUUUUUACAUUUGUCCAUAUUAUAAAAAACUUUGACGAAAGACUGAAGUAACUUUUCACUCUCCCACACCAAAGUCCAUAGAGAAAACCAUCGUUUUUAGCUCACAGAGACACAGGAGCUGCUGGUCUACGGCUGACUUGUUGGGGUAAGUUAUUGUCACUUAAAUAAAAAAUAGAAAAUCAGACGAAAGAUUUAAAGACACAGAACGCACAAAAUAACAUGUUUCAACUUAACUGAUGGAGGCAGCAGUGGAUCAACAACUCACUGUGUCCUGUGAUUAAAAAACUGUUUUAAAAUCACUCAUUUUCUCUAUGGGGUUUGGUGUGGGAGAGUGAGAGGUUUACGAUCCUCCAGCAGGAAAAGACUAUUCAGUGGUAAAUGAAGAAAAAGCAGCAAAUAUGUUAUUUAAAUGUACAUUUGUGUCUAGCAGAAAAAAAAAAGUUAUUUUCAAUUGUUAAGAUUUUAUACAUAUUAUUUAGCUUCUGUAGAUUUUACUAAGUGGGAAAUCCACAAUCUCUCCUCGCGAAAAUUGUUGAUUUUACAUCACAGCAUAAAGGAGUUGUUGAUCCACUGCUGCCUUCAUAAUUACACUCAAAUGCAUUAUUUUGUGAUUUCAGUGUUUGAAAUACUUGGUUCUGAUUUAACAUAAGUGACACAAACUUGGAUUAUGAGGCAGUGGACCUGCAGCUCCUGUGUCCCUGUGAGCUAAAAACACAGGUUUUCUCAAUGGAGUUUGGUGUGGGAGAGUGAUCAUGUGUCAAUACCUCAUACACUUUCAAAAAACAACAAAAAACUAUGAACUAUGCCUUUAAGGUUGUGUCUCCUGCCAAAAAAGAAAAAAAAAAUGUUACUUUUGGACUAUGCAUGAUGUCAUUCACACACACACACACACACGUGUGUAAAGGUCAAUAAGUGCCUGGUGUUUAUGUUGUGACAGUGUUUUUAUAGUUUGUGUAUCUACAGAUGUUCAGGUCACACGUGUACACAAUAUUUACCACCACCGGCGUCGCCUCCAACCACACACACACACACACACACGCUUUUACUGUACAUACACUUUGUAAUCGGAGCGUGAGACAAUAACUGUCUCACUGAAGCAAACAGGAACGUGAGGUUUUUUGUAACAUUUGACGAGAAAACGUGCGAGGGGGAGUUAUGCGUGCGUGAUGUGGGUACUUCCUGUAGGCGGCCAUGUUGGAAUGAAGGAAUUGUUACGUGCACUUUUUAAAAAAAAAUUAAAUAAAAUAAGAAAUGUAUGUGAAAACAAGGAAAAAGACGAGCGACGACGUAUGAGCACGCCACUGCUGCGAAGAAACACUUAGAAUGCACGACGUCGGCAAACACUAGCGCCCUCUACAGCUGAUAUUGUGUUCUGUUUAUUUAUUAUUUUACAGUGAAUAAAUAUGCAUAUCAACAUCUGCUACGACAUACGUAUUCAGGGCAGGAAUCGUCCACCAAAGACACCGCACAAUACGAUAUUGAUGUCACAAUAAAGUGAAGGAGAGCUCACAGGUUUUUAGCUUUAGCUUUAGGGACACAGGAGCUGCUGGUCCACUGCUGCCUCGUGUGGUCACUUUGUGCCAAUGAGGUUCACUUCAAGGAAGAAUUUCCAUCAGUGCGUUAAAAUGACACAUAACGAUCAACAACUCCUGUGUGCUGUGAUGUUGACGUCGAUGAUUUGAGAUUCUGUCACAACUAUGUACGAUAACGUCGCAAAAAUAUUUCUGCAGUAUUUGCUAAAUCAUACAUUGCAAUAUACUCACACAAAACAGCGCUAGUGAGCGUGCGCACUCGGCGCCAUCUAGUGGUCGUUUUAAGCUAAAAUAUUGUGAUAUUUCACUCUAAUACGACACAAAAAUAUGUUUAUUUCACUACAAAGAGACUAAAUGACGUCUGCGGAGGAAAACGAACAUCAGUCGCUAUCGACCAAAAAAACUCCCGAUAUCGGCGAAAAAAUCAAACAUGGUGUGAAACAGAAACACGAAGUUAACCAAAGACAAAGCACUCUUGUAUUAAUAAGUUCUUUUGUUUUUAUAUCCAGUUAUAUUUUUGUACUUAUUGCUUCUUGUAUUUGUUUUUAUUAUUUUUAUUAUUAUGCAUCAUAUUUACUGUGUUUGUUAUAAACCAAAAGUAGGAAGAAAAAAAAACACUACUUGUGUAUCACAGCGUUAAUAUAUUAUGGUCUGUUUCUGUUGAUCUCUUAUAUAAUAUGAUGUAGUAAUAUAUUUUCACAUGCAGCUAUAGGAACCGUGUAUGAGACAUUUAAAUAUGUAUGCAGAUGCAAAUGAAGAAUAAAUAAAAGUGAAAUGAUGUGGUACCUAAGUAUUCUUA